AUGGCCGGUCUUGCGACGUAUCUUCUCGGAGCCCUCAGCGCCUUCGUGAUUGCCCGCCUGGUGCUCUCCCUGCUCAAACAGCCCUCCCUCCCCCUGCCCCCAGGUCCCAAGCCCGCCCCCCUCAUCGGAAACAUCCACCAGCUCCCCAAGAGCCUGCAGUGGCUGGAGCUGUACCACUGGAGCAAGAAAUAUGGCCCCGUCAUGCACCUCAGCAUGGGCGGGCAGCCCCUCGUCAUCCUAUCCACAUACAAGGCCGCCCACGACCUCCUCAACCGGCGCAGCGCGCGAUACUCGGACCGCCCGCGCAUGGUCAUGGCCGGCGAGCUCGUCACUAGGGGCAUGCACAUGCUGCUGCGCCAGUACAACGACCAGUACCGGCUGCAUCAGAAGAUGGAAGCCCCGCUGCUCACCCUGCGUGCUGCGAGCAACUACCGCCCGCUGCAGGACCUCGAGUCCCAGCAGCUGCUGUGGGACGUGCUGGGCGAGUGGGACAAGUACGGCGAAAAGGGCGUCGACUUCCACCACCACUUCGAGCGCGCGAUGGCCAGCACCAUCUACUGCCUGAACUAUGGCUACCGGCUGCAGACGGGGUACGAGAAGGAGCUUAUGGACGGGAAGCGCGUGCAGGCUGAGUUUGCGCGGACAGGGCAGGUCGGCGCGUAUAUCGUCGACUCGUUCCCGUCGCUGAAUUACCUGCCUCGAUUCCUGGCGCCGUGGAAGAGGGAGGCUGAGGAUCUGUUUGAGCUGGAGAGACAGCUGCAUGUGGGGAACUUGAAGAAGGGGCUGAAGAAUGGCAAGUGGAACUUUACGAAGCAUAUGAAGGACUCGCCUGAGGCGGCGGAUAUGCCCGAGGUAGAGCUCGCUUUUGAUCUGGGGAUUCUGGCUGAUGCUGGGCUUGAUACGUCGACUGUUGCCCUGGACUGGUUCAUUGUUGCUUGGAUUACAUCGGGCUCGCGCUGGGUGAAGAAAGCGCAGCAGCUGCUGGAUGAGGUCGUUGGUAAAGGUCGUCUGCCUAGCUUCGAGGACCGGCCUAGGCUGGCCUAUAUAGACGCUAUUGCGAGCGAAACCCUCCGCUGGCGCCCCGUCGUCGUACAGGGCGUACCCCACGCCACCAAAGUCGAAGACGAAUACAUGGGCUACCACAUUCCAGCCAACUCGACCGUCCUCCCCAAUGCCUUCGCCAUUACUCGCGACGAGGAAGUCUUCGGCGAAGACGUCGACGACUUCAUCCCGGAUCGCUGGCUCGCGGAGCCCUCGCCCACCGACAAAGAGCACAUCGACGUCUGCGGCUUCAACACAACAGCGCUCAAAGAUCUACCACAUAUUGGUUUCGGAUUCGGACGCAGAAUCUGUACGGGCCGGCUCAUCGCGCGCAACCAGCUCUUCAUCCAGAUGGCGCGCAUGCUGUGGUCGUUUGAUGUCGAGGCUGGGGUUGUUGAUGAAGCUUCCGGGGCAAGACACAAUGUGCAUGAUAUGGACUGUACUGAGGGCUUUGUGACCCUGCCCAAGCCGUUUAGGUCUGUGAUGAGGCCGAGGGGGGAGUGGGUGAGAGAUGCCAUACUCCAGGCGGGCACCACGCAUGAGCUGGAUCACUCGGCGAUUUUGGAGGCGGCCAAGGUUGGGACAUAA